AUGUUAAAACAAGUAAAAGCUGAGAUCGUAGAUUUAGAAUAUGAGGAAGCAGAAAAAUGGAAAGAGCAAGAAGAAGAAGAUGAUGCUCUGCUGGUGGCGCGAAAAAUCAAGCAAGAAUUAGAAAGAAAAAAUUCCCCGUCAAAACCGGUGGGUGAUGGCUCGUCGCGAGCCACCACCACUUGCAUGAAUACCGGUCUCGCGUCUAUUUGCGGCACCCGGCGUCGAUCAAUCGAAACUUUCGUCGUUUUUCAAAUUUUGGAAGACCGGCAUCAAACCCACCAGCCCAUAGAGAUCGACCGACCGUCUGCUCCUAUUGUGUUCGACCACUUCAUUUGUAUGCGCAUUGGGCUCAAUUCUCGAAAUAAUGUUCAAAGAUUAAUGGCACUUUUGGCAGCUCACGAAUUUGUUGAUCUCACGGUUUUGCCAAGUCCGUCAUUGAUGCCUCCACCGCCACCAAUACCAGCAAUGAUACCUUUAGCCAUCCCUCGACACCAAACCCUCCCACCAACUCGAUUAUUAGCAGCUUGCCAGCAAGAGCCAUCCACAUCCAGUGAGAAUCCACUAGACAUUCUGAACAUUCAAACUCGCCGACUGUUUCCCCAAUUCCCACACAUCAAAGUCAAAAGAAAUCUGGCCAAAAAACUAGUGCCGAAACCGUUUAUCCGACCCACGCCCUCAGCUGAUUGUGGCAUAAUACCUAUCAACAUGCGGUGCAGGAAAUGUGAUGAGAUUCUGCCCAAAGGGUCACAUGGAUCGAGUGCUUUGAAUCAUGUUCAAAAGAAUCAUCUGAAAAUGGCAGCGUUUCAAUGUAGAAUAUGCAAACAUUAUAGAACAACUCAAGAGCGGAUACAAUCUCAUGUAACUACUGUACAUAAGGCAAAAUCGACAAAAUUCGACUCUUCGUUAGCCGGUCCGUUGUCGGCAGACGAUAUGAAAAAGAUGGAAGAAAUGAUAACGUAUUGUUUCCCGAAACUCAAAAUGGAACUACAAGUCACCGAUCGCCUAAUUGCAAAAACAAUGGAAGUGGAUUUCGCUGUCAGCAAAUAA